UUACCUACAAACUUCGAUUGUAGAGGUCUAAAGGAAGUUCUGUACCUUUGCCAGCGGUCGUCGGUUGUGAAAAUGGCUCUUCUAAGCAGCAGGAUUUUCUUUACUUCUCACCGGCCUCUGUCUGUUUCUGCUGCAAGAUUAGCAGACAAAAUGAUGGCAGACCCGAUUGAACAUGCUACAGGGAAAGAGAAGCGGGAGCUCCUGGCCCAGCUAGCAGGAAAUGACGAUCCUUACCAUUCGAAGGCAAUAAAGAGAAUGUCAACAUCAUCAAAAGCGAACCCUAACCCUGUUCCAUCUGCGUUUGAUUCGCGUAUUGUUGGCUGCAUAUGUGAAGAAGAUGCUACCCACAUUAAAUGGAUGUGGGUGUACAAAGGAACUCCAACACGGUGCGCUUGUGGCCAUUGGUUUCAGCUUGUAGAGAAACCACCAUUGUAAAUAAUGAUAGUAAGGAGUGUUGGACAUAGUUUACUUUUUCCUUGGAUGUUUUCAAGUGGUGCAUCACUAGGUGUAUUAUUGAAUAAAGUUGCCUUUCAUUUCAAAUGGAUGCUGUAUAGAUUAUUAUGUAAAUAAUACAAAUAAAAAGUGUGAAGUCA